AUGGCUUCCGUCCUCGUAGGGGCCGGUGCAUUGCUGGGACUCGGCGUCGCCGCACGCGCCUCUCUCCGAUCAGCGGCCAAGAACGGCGCCAAACUCUCCCCUCUGAUGGCCGCGAUCGCAGGUCAGAAGAAAGCAGGCGACGAAUGGGUCAAGGGAGGCUUCCAGGGGAAGAUGGACAGGAAGGAGGCGGCGCAGAUCUUGGGGCUGAGGUCAGUGGCGCCGUUGAGAGAGGCACGGGAACGAGCUUGCGAAGCUUCACCCUUUCGACGUUCGCCCCACAUGGAGGGAAUCGUACAGCGCAGACAUGUCGAGAUCUUGACAUGUUCGACAACAGUACCCUGGGAAGAAUGAAUGCUACCAUGAUCCGAACGAAGAGGCUACACCCAUCCGCGAUCCAGCCCCGGCCCGGAAGACUCACACCUCUUCUCAACUUCCCAGGGAAUCGCACAUGACCAUCAACCGACUCAAGGACGCACACCGACGGAUCAUGUUGGCGUACGUUCCCCAUAUUACCGAACAAAGGGACGCGCGGACCCCUCUGGACUGACACCCUCUCGAUGCGGCGCCUCUGAUAGAAACCACCCCGAUCGAGGAGGAAGCCCAUAUAUCGCUUCCAAAGUCAACGAGGCAAAGGUAGGCUCCCAUGACUCGUAUUAUGAGCUUUCAUCGCAUCAGCUGACCCUUCCCCAUUCUCGCUUCUUACUGCAGGAUCUCCUCGGUACGCUUUCUUCUCGACACCCGACAGACUUCUCUCGCGAUCCCCUUCAGGCCCCGAAAAGCAAAUAGCCUUCUGA